AUGGAUAUUGCAUAUGACCCAGACUACGACGCACCUUAUCACUUGAUUGGCCAUAAUGUGUUUGGAAGAAGAAGCUACCUCUCUCUAAUGGUAGAGUGGACAGCCGCCUUAAUGGUGGGAAGGCUUUUAUCAAAAUCAGAAAUGAUAAUGAUAACAUUAAUUUGGGUUUGGGUGCUUCUCUCCCUGCAACUGAGAACAGUUCAUGGGUAUACCAGGAUUCCUGACAAAACCAUAGUUUGGUAUGCAAAUGGAGAUACACCUGCACCAAGCGGUUCACAAGUGAAAUUAACUGCUGAUAAUGGGCUAGUACUUACCAGUCCUCUUGGCCAACAGUUAUGGAGCUCUCAGACGAUUACUGGUAAUGUUGCCUUUGGUGUAAUGAACGAUGCAGGCAACUUUGAGCUCAAAGAUAGUAACUCCAAUAUGGUAUGGCAGAGCCUCAGCAAUCCUACUGAUACAAUUUUGCCUACACAGAGCUUGGAAAGGGGAGGGGUACUUUCUUCACGACAGUCAGAGACCAACUUUUCCAAAGGAAGAUUCCAGGUACGAUUUCUUGAUGAUGGAAAUCUCGUGUUCAAUACCAUAAACUUGCCCUCAACAUAUGCUAAUGACCCUCCUUAUUAUGAAAGUGGAACUAUUGGUGAUAAUAAUAAUUCAAGCCCUGGUAUACAAUUGGCCUUAAGCGAGUCAGGCUCCAUGUACAUUGUGAGAGAGAACAAACAAAGAUUUGUUCUUGGAAAGGGAGUAGUAAACUCACAAACUGAUUACUAUUAUAGAGCCACUCUCGACUUUGAUGGGGUAUUCACCCUAUAUUCUCACCCAAAGAUUUCCAAUGGAAGCUGGACUGUUGUCUGGUCUGAACCAGAAAACAUUUGCAUGGAUAUUUUUCUUAAACAAGGUACUGGUGCUUGUGGGUUUAACAGUAUCUGUACCCUCAAAGAUUCAAGGCCGACAUGUAAAUGCCCACCUGGAUACUCUUUAAUGGAUCCAAAUGAUCAGUAUAGUAGCUGCAAACCGGACUUCAUACAGGGUUGUGAAGAAGAUAAGCUUAGUUCCUCAGAAGAUCAGUAUAGUCUAGAGGAACGAGACUGUUUUCAACCAACAUGUUUACUCGUGGUAGAUCUACAACUAAAUGAUGCUUGUUAUAGUGAUCUAUAA